AUGGCUUCCAUGGAUUACGAAAACGAAAACGGUGCCCGUUACGAAGAUGAGGCUCCUAGAUACGAGAGAGAUCGUUCAGCAAGCCCGCGCCCAAACCGUAGGGAGUCCCCUCGCGGAGCUCCUCGUCGCUCUGCAUCCCCCAACGGUAACGGCCAUGCCGACAGCCGCGGUCCUCCCGCCAAAAACGAGCGAGGUCCUCCCCAAGAUGAUGGCGCCAUCAACCCUGGUUCCAACCUCUUCGUCACUGGUAUCCAUCCUCGCCUCUCUGAGACUGAGGUAACUCGUCUCUUCGAGAAGUAUGGUGAUGUCGAGAAGUGCCAGAUCAUGUUGGAUCCUCAUACUAAGGAGUCGCGUGGCUUCGGCUUCGUCAAGAUGGUCACUGCCGAUCAGGCUGAUGCCGCCAAGGAGGGUCUUCAGGGUGAGGUUAUUGAAGGCCGCACUUUGAGUAUUGAGAAGGCCCGUCGCUCCCGCCCUCGUACCCCAACCCCUGGCAAGUACUUUGGUCCACCAAAGCGAGACGAUGGCCGAGGACCGCCCCCAGGAAGAUAUGGCGAGCGCUACGACGAUCGCCGGCGAGGAGAGCGUGAUCGCGGAUAUGGAAGAGAUCGUGGUUAUGGCGGACGCGAUUACGAUCGUGGAUAUGGUAGAGACCGUGACGACUAUGCGCCUCGUGGAGUUGACCGUUACUCCCGCGAUGAUCGAUACACCCGAGACGAUCGCCGUGGAGGAGGUGGAGGAUAUCCUAGAGAAGCUCGUGACUAUCAGAGAGACGACCGUGGCUCAGCUAGAGAAGCUCCUCAACCGGCUGCUUAUGGUGACCCAGCACCUCGCUCCGAGGGACGCGAACCAGGCUUCUCAAGUGACGAGAAAUUCUCCCGUCGCGAAUAUUGA